AUGGCAUAUGUCAAGCCCAUCUUGAAGUAUGGAGUGCCAGUAUGGAGCUCUCAUCUGGUUAAGAAUAUAAAAAAGCUAGGAAAAGUGAAGGAGAAGAAAAGAAGUUUGCUAGCUGCCAAACGUGUUCAUAAUUUGUACUUAGUGGAAGGGAGAGACAUCGUUGUUCAGUAUUCUGUCCACAAUGUUGGUCAGGCUGCUGCAAUCAAUGUACAGCUCACAGAUGCAGGUUUUAGUACUGAAGAUUUUGACAUAGCUGGUGGUCAGCUGCAAGUGAAGUUUGACAGAAUUGCUCCAAAUGCAAAUGUUUCUCACACUGUUGUUGUGAAACCCAAGAAGUAUGGUUAUUUUAACUUCACAGCAGCAGAAGUGUCUUACCAGCCAUCUGAAGAUUCUGCAGAGAUCCAGAUUGGAUAUACCUCAGAGCCUGGUGAAGGAGGGAUCAUUGCUUUCCGUGACUAUGACCGAAAAUUUUCACCUCAUGUUUUUGAUUGGUUGAUCUUCGCUCUGCUGAUGAUCCCUGCUCUUCUAGUUCCUUACAUGAUGUGGUACAACAUUAAGUCCAAAUAUGCAACAGUUCCACGUGGAAAAAAGAGCAGAUCUGAUUAAGCUGCACAUUUCAUUCUAUUUAUUCUUCUUGGCAAAUUAAUUUCAUGAAUUAAUGAUAGCUUAAAUUAAAAAAAUCAAAUGUUCUGGAUAACUUGAAUGACAUUAAAUGGCUAUUUUAAUUUUUAGCCAAACUUGAGGGAAAUUUCUAAUUGUCUUAAGACUUGCAUUCCUUUGCAAGAUCCUGGUCAUGUUUGGGAAUUUUGUAUGUCUGAUAUGUGUGAGUGUAUAUGAUGUACAUUUUAUUUUGUGCAGUUAAAUUUUAGUAUGUCAGUUGUAAUAUUGUUUUUUAAUUAAAUUGAAAACCAAAAAAAAAAA